CGAGCACGCACGCACGUCGCCUCAAACACCUCACACUCACAACAUGGCCAACCCCGUCGUUUUCUUCGACAUGACCGUCGGCGGCGCGCCCGCGGGCCGCAUCGAGAUGACGCUCCGCGCGGACGUCGCCCCCAAGACCGCGGAGAACUUCCGCGCGCUCUGCACCGGCGAGAAGGGCUUCGGCUUCAAGGCUUCUUCCUUCCACCGCGUCAUCCCGGAUUUCAUGUGCCAGGGCGGCGACUUCACGAACCACAACGGCACGGGCGGCAAGUCCAUCUACGGCGAGAAGUUCGCGGAUGAAAACUUCCAGCUCAAGCACACCGGCCCCGGCGUGCUCUCCAUGGCGAACGCGGGCCCGAACACGAACGGCUCGCAGUUCUUCCUGUGCACGGUGCAGACCGCGUGGCUCGACGGCAAGCACGUCGUGUUCGGUAACGUCACCAAGGGCAUGGACGUCGUCAAAGCGAUCGAAGCCGUCGGCACCUCCUCGGGGAAGACGACCAAGCCGGUGAUGAUCGCGGACUGCGGGCAGCUCUCUUAAGUGAGCGCUUCGCUUCGCUUCGUCGCGCUUCCUUCACGCGAUGCCUCGCGACUGAUGAGUGAGAGGACUCCGUUCGCGUUCUCGGUCGCGACGAUCGCCGCUCGCGAGAAGAAGGGUCGGAAUUCGACCCUUUUCUUUUAAUACGUAAAAAACAAACGAAACCGUUCAUCA